UGCGUGUGUUCAGUCUCCGUUCAGCGGCUCCGGCAACGAGUAAAAGUUUUUAAACGUUCCAGUGCAACAGCUGUUGUCAACUGAAAAAAAAAAAAAAUUGUGGAUGGAAUUGAUUGUCAUCGGCCAGCCAAGGCAACUGGCAACAACCAUAUCAACAAGCCAUUAACAAUUUUCAAGAAAAACAAAAAUAAAAAUUCAAUUAUAGAAAAAGUAGAUUUACAUACCAUGUCGUCGGAGCCGAGUGAAACGGCUGCAUUGUCAGGAUUGGAAACGGUUCGUUUGAAACGUCCCGGCCAUCGACAGACGAGACGUCGUGAACGAUGUCGCCCAACGUUCGGAUGUUUGAUGAUUACCGUCGCAUUCACUCUACUCGGAACGGCUGCUUUAUCAGCUUCCAUUUUUACUGAUUAUUGGGAGAGAAUCGAUUAUAAUGUCAGUUCGAUUGACGCUAUCGCUCGACGCAGUAACGGAACUCAUCGGCUUACUUGGCUCUUUAACAAAACCGUGGCGCGGAUCCUGUUAAAUCCAUUGACGUCAUCAUCUUGGCCAUCGACCGCCAAUGCUAAAUUAGUUCGAGUUCCAUCUAAUUUUCACCUGGCCAAACGAAACGCCAGCGAGGGCCUCUCAUUGGAUAGGCCGUUCGGUGCCCCAAAUUACGUCCAGUUCGCCUCUAUCGACCGCCAGGAGGAAGUAUCCAAGAUAAGAUGGAAUGGAUUUAGUCAUCCGGAUGAAUCGUUCAACAAGUCCCGCAUUCUCUCGAGACGUAAGAGAAGGCACGUGAUGACAACACACGAACGAAAGAAACGCUCCCGCCGCCGUCCAGAUUCUUUGUUCUAUCUGAUCCCGCUGCACGGCGGCAUCUGGCAUCUUUGUGUCGAUCUGCAGAACGACCAACUGAGAAUGUUACAAGAAAUGGGACUGGACCGUGAAGCUUGUACGGAAUACCUCUCUACGGGAGCAGCUGCAACAGCCUCGGGCAUCGAGAAUGACGCAUUUCGUGUGACGCCAAACUACCUAAACCAUCACGUUCAAUCCAAGAUGCACAAUUUAUCGAUCUCCUGCGCCAUGGUCUGUGUGAUCCUGCUGGCAUCAGCGGCUCUGCUCGGAACUUUCGGCAUCAUGAAGCGUCAAAUCAGCGCCGUGCUUAUAACAGGAGUCAUGUACAUUUUGGCAGCCCUCUUUGCCGUUUUCUCGCUCGUCAUCAUGCACUGUAAGCGCAACACCCGGCGUGAUACCGGCAUCGUCGACGACCCGUUAGUGAAUUCAACCGAGUACAACGAGGCUCGCAUAUUCACCAACAGCUGGUCGAUGCUACUCGGCUGGGCCGGCUCUGCGGUCAUUUUCGUCGCCAGCCUCUUUUGGCUAUUUUUGGCAAAGGUCAUGCGAUACAGUCAACUGACGUUCUUUUUCUGAUACCUCGGGAUUUUUAAUUAUUGUUCCUUUCCAUCCAAAAAAAACUAAGUCACGCUCUACCUACGCCCGUUACUAACCGUUCUUUAUUGUAACGACGUGGCUCUCUUUCGCCCUCAAUACUUAUAUAUUU